AGCUCUGCUUACUGAACCGGGGAAAAAGCCAUGGGGUUGAGGCCCCUGGCGCUGUUGAUUUUCAGCUCCUGCGUGCUCCACUAUGUCAAGGCUGAGCGGCUGAAUGUUGUGCUGGACGAAGAAGAUGCGUCCUACGUGGUAUUUCUGCAAACACGUUUGCACGGCGAGGGCCGUGACAAGUCAAGGGCUGCCAGCAAUGUGAGCAAAGUGGGCAGCAACCACACGCAGGAGCACAAAGUCAACUUGACCAAGGUCAAUAGCACAGAGAAGAACCACUCCAGCGUCAACCGCACAAGCCUGUCGCAACAAUCCGCAUCAACAAAGUCGGCGCCUGCUUUCGGCGACUACGUGAAGGCCUUUGCCGCCUUAGCGGCUGAAACCACCGCCUCUGUGGGCGACGCCAUGGGAGGUGGUGCUUCCAACGGUGAGACCCAGUCUCCAACUCCAAGAUUGAAUCCAAUGAGUCUAUAGAAUGGCGAGUUUUGGACGAAGCAGUUGGGACAUCAGCUGCGGUUGGUGCUACCAUUGGAGUUGUUGUUGGCGCAACUGUUGGAGUCUAAAUUGAAAUUAAAUUGGG